CCACUGAUGACUCCUCAUUUCUAUACUGACAAUGCGACUGCCGAGUGGGAGUCACUCCUAUUCUGGAUCGCAAACGGGGUCAGCUUAUUCGGAAAGGCAUGCAGACAUCACAGUCACUACUAUUGCCUCGACUCUUACUUCACCCAAAAACCAGAUGAAAUCAUUCUCUCUGCAGAUUAUCACAACGAGGAUCAAUUAGCCAUAGCUGAGGCCUGGUUCCAUGUCCUUAUCAGAAACAGUUGGGAAAGCAUCAACAUGAUAAACUGGAAAAACCCGAGUGGUUGUUGUGAUGCACAGACCCGAAAGUACUUCAUAUACGGCUGGCUUCACAAACAAAUGUCGCCUGACGAAUACAUGAACAAACUCACCGACUAUGAAGACCAAAACAAACCUCUCAACAUGAUAACUGCUAUUUACCUGCAUAGUGUAUGCAUGAAUAUGAUUUUGGAUGUUGGAUUUGGACCGGGAAAUCUGAGGCGCACUCAUCACAGAAGUGUGGUUGAGGGUCAACCCUAUGUAAUAGCUGGACGAGACCUAGGUGACAUGGGAGUACCCGGCAUUGUAUCUCAAGUAUUCGAAUAUCACAGAAUCAAAGAGGAGCUGACGUUUCACUGGUUCAAACAUAACAUAAUGUGCAAAGAUCAUCCGCGGAUUUGUGAGCGCGGAGAUUCUAGCACUGAGAAAGAAAAAGGAAAUGCGACUGAGAUACCUGAAACCAGCGAAGGAAAUGAUCAAGAUGGAUUUGAAAACGCAAACCUACUACUGCUUGAUUAG